GAGGAUGCAUUCAUUGAUUUCUACUCGGUUGGCUCAAACUGCGUCUGUGAAUGUUAAAUCCUUCAAACAAGACGCAGGAGGGAAGUGAUAAUACUGGUUCUCCCGCACAUGGCGAACUCUGACGGGUUCACAAGAUUGGUUUUAUUCAAAACAAAAACACUUCACGUGUCUAUAAUCACUUGUUUCUCCACAGACAAGAGAACAAAGGGCAAGAACAGUAAACAGAGGCGAAGGGGCACACUCUCCAUUUAUUACAGGUUCUGAACCUCCUCCUCUCCACCUUCCUUACAUUCCUCAAAGAUUCCCCGCCUCCAGGCAGCCGUCAGAGUAAAGGCUGGGCUGUGUCCCUGUGGAGUUUAACAAGAGGGUGGGCCAACAUCAGACUUGGAGACAGUGUCCUGGGGUCAAGCCCUAGCCAUGGCCCUUCUGAGCUGUGUGGCCUUUGGCCAUUCUUCUCUGGGGCUUCAGCCGCCUAGGGCUGAAAAAUGUAGAACUGGCCAUCUCUGAUGGCCCUUCGGGCUGAAAACUCAGCCCACGCUUCUGAGAUUCCUAAAGCUGCCCGCCGUGCCCAUGCUCAGCAAUGAUCUUCACCACUCACCUUGUCGCUCAUUAUUUCCUCAACUCCUAGCCAGCCUCCUGAGUUUGUGCCUUCUCAGCAGCAGGCAGCUUUCCCUCUGUUUUAGUUCAGUCGGGAUGGAUCAGAGACUUGCCAAAGCUCAAGUCCCUCUACCUGAGGAAGAUGCCCAGACUGAGGAGCUUGGAGGGAGACAUAUUCAAGACCACCCCUGAGCUGCAGCUGCUGGACUGUCAAGAUUCGCCAGCACUUACGUCUGUCCAUACGCACAUCUUUCAAGACACUCCUCGCCUACAGGUCCUCCUAUUCCAGAACUGCAACUUGAGUUCCUUCCCCCCGUGGAACCUCCAUUCCUCCGAGGUCCUGUCCAUUAACCUCUUCGGCAACCCCCUCACUUGCAGCUGUGAGUUAUCAUGGCUCCUCAUUGAGGCAAAGAAGAUUGUCCUAAGCAGGGCAGCAGACACUCUGUGUGCACCAGCUCCAGGAUCCGAUGGCACUUUCUCAGUCCCACUCUCGCUGUCCCAGCUGCCCAGUGUGUGCCAUUUGGACCAAAACACCACCCUCCUUGAUUCCAACCCACCCUCCUCGUUCUGUUCCACACACGCACCAUCUAUACAGGGUCCCUCCACCCUGCAGAGCACAACCCCCUCCACUCAACCUACGGGAGGCCGACAGAGUGUCACCAAGGUUCCCUCCCUCCCUGUGGAUUCUCUCACACGAGCCACCGGGCCGUACAGCCGUUUGGAGGAGGGGGCCGUCCCCUCCACUACCACCUCUCCAGCAGGUUCCAGCAACUCCGGCCAUCCACGCAGGGCUGCGGGCACCGCCGGGCCAGAGCACCGAGAACAUGCUACGCGUCUUGUUCGGGAGCCUAACAUUUCAGCUGCCUUCACCCCAUGGGCCAGCAAACACGCUGCUCUCUUCCCUGCCUCCCGGAACCCACUGAGCACUCCCCAGCCCCACCAGGCAACAUGGGCCACCCCGGUGGCUCCGCGCCCGCGUCCUUCCGAGGGCGGGAUUGCAGUCCUGAGGCUGGACCUCCAGGAGGAGGAGGUGGGGGCACCGGCCUGGGAUGCCCCCUGCGAUUACCACCCCUGCAGGCACCUCCAGACGCCGUGCGCAGAGCUGCAGCGGCGCUGGCGGUGCCGGUGCCCGGGCCUCAGCGGGGAUGACACCCUCCCGGACCCCCCCAGGCUGCUGCCGGUGGCCGAGACCACCGACACGUCGGCGCUGGUGCGCUGGUGCGCCCCCAACUCGGUGGUGAGGGCCUACCAG